AUGGCGGCCACCACCGACAAAUCAAACGAACCGGUGCACGUGCUCGUCUUCCCUUACCCAGCACAAGGCCACUUAAUCCCUCUCCUCGACUUCACCCACCACCUCGCCGUCCGCAGCGCCGGCCGUCUCAAGAUCACCAUCCUCGUCACCCCCAAAAACCUCCCGCUCCUCCAGCCGCUCCUCUCCCGCCACCCUCCCACCGUCAUCCAAUCCCUCACCCUCCCUUUCCCUGCCCACCCUUCCAUCCCUCCCGGCGUCGAGAACACCAAGGACUUCCCGCCGCCCAGCUCCGGCGCCCAGCUCCUCAUGAUGGCCGCCCUCGGCGACCUCCGCUCCCCUCUCCUCACCUGGUUCCGCUCCACCCCUAACCCUCCCUCCGCCAUCAUCUCCGACAUGUUCCUCGGCUGGACCCACCGCCUCGCCGCCGACCUCGGCAUCCCUCGAGUCGUCUUCUCCCCUUCCGCCGCCGUCGCCUUGUCCGUCAUCUACUCCCUCUGGCGAUACAUGCCCAGCCUCCCGGAAAACCCCGAUUCUCCCUUCACCUUCACCAACCUCCCCAAUUCCCCCACUUGGCCCUCCUCCCAGCUCUCCCCGAUGUACCGCUCUUACGUCGCCGGCGACUCUGUUUCCGAAUUCGUCAGGGACGGGUUUCUCGCCGAUAUGGAAAGCUGGGGAGCUGUUUUCAAUUCGUUCCACGGAUUGGAAUCCAGGUAUUUGGACUAUUUGAGGAAGGAAUUGGGGCACGAUCGGGUGUGGGCGGUCGGACCUAUACUCCCUCCUCCCGAUGACGGUAAUCGGGGGAAGGAUCGAGGUGGGGCCAGCUCUGUCUCGGUUGCCGACCUCGAGGCGUGGCUGGACACGUGUCCCGAUGACGGAGUCGUGUACGUCUGCUUCGGGAGCGAGGCCGUGCUGACGGAAGAUCAGACGGCGGCUCUGGCUUUGGGAUUGGAGAGGAGUGGGGUCCGCUUCGUGUGGAGCGUGAAGGGCGGGGGAGGGGGACACGUGGCGAGGGAGUUCGAGGAUCGGGUGGCGGGAAAGGGCGUGGUGAUUCGGGGGUGGGCCCCGCAGGUGACGAUACUGGGUCACCGGGCCGUUGGCGCGUUCCUGACUCACUGCGGGUGGAACUCGGUGCUGGAAGGGAGCGUGGCCGGGGUGCCGAUGCUGACGUGGCCGAUGGGAGCGGACCAGUUCGUCGACGCGACGCUGCUGGUGGAGGAGGUGAAGAUCGGGGUGAGGGUGUGCGAAGGGAAGAGCUCGGUGCCCGACCCGGACGAGCUGGCGCGGCAGCUGGCGGAGCUGAUGGCGGAGGAGGGCCGGGAGGAGAGGAAGCGGGCAAAGGAGCUGAGCCGGGCGGCGGUGGAGGCCGUUGGAGAUGGCGGGAGUUCGGCCGAGGAUUUGGAUUCGCUGGUCAAAGAAUUGGUCAAGCUGACUUCACCAUCAGACGUACAAGUUAGUUAA